AUGAGCUUUGGAUUCAGCAUUGGCGACUUUCUAGCAGUAAUACAACUCACCAACAAAAUCAGAAAGGAAUUCGUCGGGGCGCCGGAUCAAUUCAAGGCCAUUUGUGACGCAGUUAGAAACCUGUCAUUUGUGGUACAGGAUGUCGAGAUAGAAGUGUCCAACAAAGAUCUCGAUCAGAAGCAACAGGCUGAGCUAGAAGACAUAGCCAAAAGCUGCCGCAAUGCUCUAAGAGAACUGGAGAGCAUGAUCGAUAAGUAUGGAGAUUUGGGGCCCACCAGAGACACAAGAGGGAGCAUAGUGAGACGCACGUGGAAACGAUUGAAAUGGGAACCAAGUGAGAUUCACGAGCUUCGACAGCGAAUCAUCAGCAACAUUGCUCUUCUUGAUGCGUUCAACGGGCGAAUCACUAGAAGCAGCAUCCGAAACCUUGUGCAACACCAAGAUGACCAGAAGCGCCAAGAGAUACUUAACUGGCUUUUUCCUUUAGAUUACAGCGCCCAGCAGAGCGACAACAUUGCACGACGCCAGCCAGGGACCGGCGAGUGGCUUCUGGACUCACCGGAAUUCAAAUCUUGA